GCAGGCGCUGAGUCCUCGGGGUGGGGACUAGGUGGAGGCCCGACGACGGGGUCUGUCAAGAACGGCCCGGACACCGGCGCGCAGCGAGGGUGAGACCCCAGCAGAGUCCCAUUCCUUCCCCUAAACUCCCAACAGCCAGACUGGGGACCCCAACUGACUCCUGGGGAAGUCCAAGAAAAAACUUUGGGGAUCUAUCGAGAAGACUCUUGGCGGGAUCGGACACUUCUCCCUCCAUUGUCCGCGGAAAACCUUCCCAUCCUUUUACCUCCCCAGUCCCUAGGGGCCGCUCAGGCUCUGCCCUUGAGCCGGGUCGCACCUGCGCAGGGGCGGGAGAGGGGUUUCAGCCCUUAUCCAAGGAGGGGACGAGAAUUCUUGAAGGAAUCCAGCAUGUUAGUAAGACGGGGUCCAGUGCUGAGUGGAGGUGGGAGUAUGGGAGGGUGAGGGGUGAAGGCUGAUUUCUGAGUGUUGUUUCUGUGGGGGGCAAUUUCAUACUAUAACCCGGAAAACAGGGUCCCAAUCCACUCUGAGAUCCCAGAUGACCCCUGUCCUGUUCGCACCCUCCCCCAAGGGCCUCUUGCUGCCUGGGGCAGGGGCAUUGGUGUUAGAGUUAGUGGCUACUCUUAGCCCUGAGUAUGAACAGCCCACACUGGCUGUUUUCCACAGGAAACAGGACCAGAGGGACAGAACAGGAAGGAAGCAGAUGGGUGUGGAAGCAGGGCUGGGUGGCGCAGGACUUCGGAAGGGGGCUGGGGGGUGCCUUGCAGGGCUGGGAAGCAAUAUAACUGUUAUAGUCCAAAUUUUGUUCCCAGCCGCAAAGCUGGGUCUUAUAAAGAGGACUGAGAUUUGGUGAGGCCCUCCUGUGCCCAGCUGCAGUCAGAAUCCAUCCCAGAUCUCCAAAGCAGCCUCUUCCUAGAAUAUCCCUUAAUUUUCUAAUGUAACCUUAGGUAGGUUAACCUCAGUUUGUUUCUUUGUUUCAACUGGAAAAUGGGGUAACAGAAACGACCUGAUAGGAUUGUUAUGAGGAUGCAUAAUAUUAUGUAAAAUGCUAACAUAGUCCCUUGCACAGAGUAAACGUCAUAGAAAAGUUGCUCUGGUUAUUUUUCUUCGGAGGGUAUUGUACAUACCUGCCCAGAGCUCUGGCCUCGUUCUCCCUGGUCUCAUCUCUGUCUUACCCACUGGGCCAUGAGCUCCUUGAGGGCAGGGCCCAUUCCUUUUCUACUUCAGUAGUCACCCCCACCCCUCAAGAUACUGUGGUCCUGCUAGGUCUGGCCCAGAGGAGGGCUGAAGAGAUGUAUUUAGAAUUAUCCGAUGAAACCGGAAAUUGCUGCUCUAGGUAGAAUCCACAAGCACAAUAUUUUCUUUUGUCCUCGGGCUUAUAGACUAGAUGAGGAACUGAGAGGGGCACAGGGCACAAAGAGAAACAUUAGGUACUAAAUCUCUCAGGGUGCGGAAUGUACUUACUUCUGGAGCUCAGGGAAGGGAGAGCUGGUACAGGCUGGAGGGGCUGGGAAGGGGUUCCUGGUGAAGUGGUCCUUUUACCUGCCCUGAGCCUACAGCUGGAAAAGGAGGGCCUGUGUUGGGAGUGCGGAGGAAGCAGGCUCACUGGGGUGUUCAGUGCACUGUCAGGAAGGGUGGGAGUUGAGGCUGGGGAGGCGGGGCUCUCUAGAAAGGCAGAAUGCCCUCUCUUUCCACGAUGGGCCUCCUCUUUCCUAUGUCUGGGUCUUGGGAGACCCCAGAGUUUGAGCUUCAGAAAUUCUGGAGCCAGAAGGCCUGGCUUCCAAGAUGUGGCUCUGCCACUUGGUAGCUGUGUGACCUCCGGCAUUUAUCCUCUCUGACCCUCAGUUUGGCCAUCUGCAAAAUGGGGUCAAGAAGACCACCCACCUCACUUGGUGAUUGGGAGAACUGAAGGAGACAAUGCCUGCAAAGCACUUACCACUGCCCGGCAUGUUGUAAGGGCCUGAUUAAUGGGAAGUGUUCUUGUUUUCUGGGCAGACUUUGUCACCAAUGUCAGUGCUGAACUCUGGCUGGCCCCACCGAGGGGAGAGCCUCACCCCUUGGGAGCUAGGUCCGCCAGCCGACUCAGACACUGACCCAGGCCACUUGCCCAAGGAGGAUCCUGAGGAAACUUCUGAGCAGGACCCUGAAAUUCUGAGCUUGGGGCUUCCUGGCUUGGACACCAACUGGGCCCCCAACCAGCCUGGGCUUCGGAUCCUCCUGCAGCAGCUGCCUCCACAGGACAGCGACGAGCGCUACUGCCUGGCCCUUGGGGAGGAUGAGCUGGCAGAGCUGCGGCUCUUCUGUGCUCAGAGGAGGCGGGAGGCCCUGGGACAGGGGGUGGCCCUCCUGGUACCUCCCGAGCUGCCAGAACACACCUGCGAGAAGGCCUGCGGCCAGGCCCUGAUAAACCUCAUCUACUUCUACCACGACGGAAGUCUUUACUGCGGCCGCCAUCACGCAGAGCUGCUGCGGCCGCGCUGCCCGGCUUGUGACCAGCUGAUCUUCUCCCGGCGCUGCACCGAGGCGGAGGGACGGCGCUGGCACGAGAACCACUUCUGCUGUCAGGACUGCGCCGGGCCCUUGGGCGGGGGACUUUAUGCCCUGCCGGGGGGCGGCCCCUGCUGCCCCAGCUGCUUUGAGAGUCGCUAUUCGGUUUCCGGCUCGAGCCGGGCCCAGACACUGGAAGGGGAGGCGGGUGUUGACAGAGUUGAAGAAAGGGACCGCACCCCGCUGGAUGCCGCUACGGUCUCCCGAGCUGCCCUUCUCGCCGCUGCCCCCCGCUCCAGUCUGGAAACCCAGAGGGAGCUGCUUGGAUCCAGUCCAAGGCAGCAGCGUCGAACGGGGGACAAGGUGGAGGCACCCACAGGGCGGGAGCAGGGCCGCCUGGAGACGCCCCUCGAUGCCUGCCCCACCUGCUCCUCUUCUUCUGACUCGGAACCCGAAGGCUUUUUCUUAGGCCAGCGUCUUACCGGGCCCUGGAAGACCCCCAGAAGCCUCCAAGCUGGGGACAGCGACACCUCCAGGAAGCACUGCACCAUUUGCUAGUGGCGCAGCCCGGAGACGGGGG